GGGAAGUGCAGCAGCUGGGACUUGAAGCAGCACCCGUAUGUGAUGCCAGCACUGCAGACAGCAGCUUUACUGGCUCCACCAUUGUGCCAACUCCUGGCAUACACUUUUCUUAGCAAGGAAGGAAAGUAAAAAAUGGUGACAUAGAGGCUUUAAAAUUGGACAAAGAGAAGGCUGUUCUUUUCAUGAAGAGAAAUAAGGAAGUCAGGAGGAAGGAGAUUCGGUUUCUUCUGUGAUAAAUUGAAUCACUUUGGUGCCAUGGCUUUUAAUUUUUCUGCCCUACACGUUAAGCAGGUUGUGUCAUUCACUAGAUAGCUUGUAUUAGUUUAAAGAGAACAGUCCCUCCCACUGGACCUUGACCCAGUAAAAACAACUAUUGCCUAACUCAACUUCUCAUAGUUAGUGGAACACCUGUAUAACAAAUCUUUUUUGUAAAAGUGGUUUUGUAUAUAUGCAUUUUUUAAGUUGUAAAAAUGAAUGGAAAAUUUUUUAUGACCCUGCUUUUGCUGUUUGUGCCGCUGGGAGAGGCACGGAAAUCGUUUCUCAGUUUUCGGAAUACAGGAAAAGCUGUCACACUACUCUUCAUGGAGCCUGAAGAAACCAUCGUUGUGAAGUCGAGUUACACAGGUAACUACAGCUACAUCAUCGUGCAAUUAGAAGAUCCAAAAAUGCUGCAAGUGGUGAAUGUGACCAAGACCCCAUCAGAUGCCACAGAUUUUACCAUAAACCUGGUGACAGGUGAAGAAGGAGAGACAAAUCUGACUAUUCAGCUCUGGGAUUCUGAAGGUAGGCAAGAAAAACUACUUAAAGAAAUAAAGAAUGUCAAAGUCAAGGUGCAGAAACCAAGACAAGACAGUCCUUUCCAAGCGUCGUGGCUUAUUGACAGAAAUAUCCUAUUGCUUCUUUUACCAAUGAUAUUGUUAAACAAAUGUGCUUUUGGCUGCAAGAUUGAACUACAGGUGUUUCACACGGUAUGGAAGAGACCUUUGCCAAUAAUUCUUGGAAUAGUAACACAGUUUUUUCUUAUGCCAUUUUGUGGAUUUCUUUUGUCUCAGAUUUUAGCUUUGCCUUUGGUACAAGCUUUUGGCUUCAUUAUGACCUGCACUUGCCCAGGAGGAGGAGGGGGUUAUCUCUUCGCGCUGCUUCUAGAAGGAGAUGUCACUUUGGCUAUUUUAAUGACAUGCAUAUCAACAUCAUUAGCCCUGAUAAUGAUGCCUAUCAAUUCUUACAUAUAUAGCAGGCUAUUAGGACUGUCAGGAACAUUUCAUGUUCCCGUUUCUAAAAUUGUGUCAACACUCCUUUUCAUACUACUACCAGUAUCAGUUGGCAUAGUGAUCAAGUACAAAGUACCCGAGAAAGCAAAGUUUUUAGAGAGAAUAAUUAGACCUUUGAGUUUCAGUUUAAUGUUUGCAGGGAUUUAUUUGACUUUCAGAAUGGGAUUUGUAUUUCUAAAAACAGUUAAUCUAGAGGUGCUCCUGCUGGGUCUCUUAGUUCCUGCUUUGGGUUUACUGUUUGGGUAUUCCUUUGCUAAAGUCUGUAUGCUGUCUCUUCCUGUUUGUAAAACUGUUGCUAUUGAGAGCGGGAUGUUAAAUAGCUUGUUAGCCCUCGCCAUUAUCCAGUUGUCUUUCUCACAGUCCAGGGCAGACUUGGCGUCUGUGGCCCCUUUCACGGUAGCCCUGUGUUCCGCUUGUGAAAUGCUACUGAUCCUUCUGAUUUACAAGACUAAGAAAAGAUUUAUCCUUACUGCAGAAAUUAAAAGACAAAAAAUCCCCCAGGUCUAACAAAGCAGUACUAAACUCCUACACUGAGUAGCAUACUGUGGGAGAUCCAAAUAGGCAAAAUGAUGCUGUUCUUAAAGCUAUUUAUUAUCUAGUUAAAACUGUAAAAUGUAAAAAAAAGUCUGUAUAUAAACCAUUAUGCUAAGUAUGCAAGGAGCUUAGCAUAUUAUUCAGGAGCAGAUAAAAGUGGCAUUUUCACAACUAAGUUCGUAUGAGAAUGUAUUAGAGAGGACGGUGUGAAUAUGCCAUCUUACUAUAGUGUCAUAACGAAAAAGGAGCAAAGCCACGCUCUAUUGAGUGUGAUACAACCUAAAUAUUUAAGGAAGGGAGAUCCACAUAGGAGACAGUCACAAAAACAGCCUCUCAGUGAAGGAGUGUGUAAAUUCCUAUUGGAGCUCACACUGGCUCAUUAGAAGCAGUGUCUUAAACCAAAUGAAGCACCUCUGCUCCCAUAGCUGUACUUCCUCCUGUCCUCCAUGUCUUGCACCAAAGAUAUUAUGGUUUAUCCAGAAACACGGGGCUGUCUCUUCUCCUUACACUUUGUCCUACUCUCUUUUUUCUUAAUAUUCAAGCUAUUUCCUAUAGAAAUAUUCUGUAAUAUAUUUCCCUCAGUUUAUGCCCUUCCCAGUAUGGUACUUCCCUUCUGCCUUCAUUUACUUCUUCCCUAAACCUUUCUAAAUUGGUUUUUGGUUUCUGUCUACCCUCCAGUCACUGUCAGAUGAAUCUUGAAAAUCUAACUUUGAUGAUAUAAUUUCCUUGUAAUGAAGAUUUUUUUGACUUUUAAAUUGUCUUUAUUCCUUCAUAUGUUAUGUAUUACAUUCUAUUGUCUAACUUUAAUCUAAUUUGAUCUCAUCUCCUGAUUCCUGAUAUUCAUCGUUUCCUUUAGUCAAAUUAAAUGACAUGACAUCCAUGCAAACCAACCUGCCUCUUUGUACAACUAUUUGUGUUUUACUUGAUUCCUCCUCUUUUGCUCUGUGUCUGUGAACUAAGAGUCAUGUUUAUUCAUUUUAUACUCCCUGUAAUAUCUAGCACAAUAUAUUCAAUGUGCUAAUUAAAAAAAGUACUGAAGCACAGGCUGGAACCCAAAUGAACAAAGUGG